GGAGAUUGCGCACGCGCAGAAGGGCGCGACGGUGGAGCAUCAGGGCGGUUUAGCUCCUGCUGCCCAGUCCCGGCCUGCACCUCUCAGCAUCCCUCUUCGGAACUCCUGGGACUUGCUUUAUGCCGUCCGAUUGCUUGACGCUGAGAGAUUCUGCACACUCCAGGAACUGCAGAAGGACCUAUGGAUCAUGGCGGGAAGGGUGAAGUGGGUCACUGACAUUGAGAAGUCGGUACUGAUCAACAACUUUGAGAAGAGAGGGUGGAUCCAAGUGACAGAGAAUGAAGAUUGGAAUUUCUACUGGAUGAGUGUGCAAACCAUUCGCAAUGUGUUCAGCGUGGAAACUGGGUACCGGCUCUCAGAUGACCAGAUCGUCAACCACUUCCCCAACCACUAUGAACUGACCCGCAAGGACCUGAUGGUGAAGAACAUUAAGAGAUACAGGAAGGAACUGGAGAAGGAAGGAAGUCCUCUGGCAGAGAAAGACGAGAAUGGGAAAUACCUCUAUCUGGACUUUGUCCCCGUCACCUACAUGCUCCCCGCUGACUACAACCUGUUUGUGGAGGAGUUCCGGAAGAGCCCAUCCAGCACCUGGAUCAUGAAGCCUUGCGGCAAAGCCCAGGGGAAGGGCAUCUUCCUUAUCAACAAGCUCUCACAGAUCAAAAAGUGGUCCCGGGACAGCAAGACGUCCUCGUUUGUGUCUCAGUCCACAAAAGAAGCUUACGUGAUCUCCCUCUAUAUCAAUAAUCCAUUACUCAUCGGCGGGAGGAAGUUUGACCUGCGGCUGUAUGUCCUAGUAUCCACGUACCGCCCACUGCGCUGUUACAUGUACAAGCUUGGCUUCUGCCGUUUCUGCACGGUGAAGUACACCCCGAGCACCAGUGAGCUGGACAACAUGUUCGUCCACCUUACCAAUGUAGCCAUCCAGAAGCACGGGGAGGACUACAAUCAUAUCCAUGGCGGCAAGUGGACUGUUAACAACCUGCGACUCUACCUGGAGAGCACCCGAGGCAGAGAGGUGACCAGCAAACUGUUUGACGAAAUCCACUGGAUCAUCGUGCAGUCUCUCAAGGCCGUGGCGCCAGUGAUGAACAAUGACAAGCACUGCUUUGAAUGCUACGGCUACGACAUCAUCAUCGAUGACAAGCUGAAGCCCUGGCUGAUCGAGGUUAACGCAUCCCCGUCUCUUACCUCCAGCACCGCCAACGAUCGAAUCCUUAAGUACAACUUGAUCAAUGACACCCUCAACAUCGCGGUCCCCAACGGCGAGAUCCCCGACUGCAAAUGGAACAAGUCUCCUCCCAAGGAAGUUCUCGGCAACUAUGAAAUCCUGUACGACGAGGAGCUGGCCCAGGGUGACGGGGCUGACAGAGAGCUCAGAAGCCGCCCAGGCCAGCCGGUGGGGCCCAGAGCAGGCCGCUCGAGAGAGUCGGGGAGAAAUGUCCUCACGACCUGGAAGUGACCAGCAUUGGGAAGAAAGACCCCCAGCUUCCCGCAAUUGCUCCACCCAGACUCUGCUCAACAUAUAUUUUGGGAUUUCCUUUUUCUAGAGUGCUUUCCUGAGCCCUUGUAAAUAAAGACACUCUGCAAGGUGGAAGACUCCAUGUCAUCAGGGCUCAUACACGCUCUUGAAAAUGACAGCGUCAGUGUGUGAUGUAACAUCCUUUUUUUAAAGAUUUAUUUUAUUAUUUUUAUUUUUUGAGAUAGGUAUCCCUGGCUGGCCUGGAACUUGUUAUAUAGACCAGGCUGGCUUGGAACUCCCAGAGGUCCACCUGCCUCUGUCUCCCAAGUGCUGGGAUUAAAGAUGUACACCAUCA